AUGGCAGCUCAGAGCGAAGCGUUAUUAGUGAGCUGGCCGUCGCUGGCCAAUCCACAAUGGAUAACCUGGACCCUGAUAGCUGUUUCUAUUUUGACAUUAUUGCUACACGGACUUAAGCGACUGCAACCUAAGCCAUUACCUGGAAUCCCGUACAACAGAGGUAUUGGCAUUCUAGGUGACUUGCCAGAGAUGAGGGAAGCUUUCAACAACGGAGGUGCACGAACUUGGAUGUGGAAUAUGGCCAAGAGACACAACUCCCCUAUAGUACAAAUGUUCUUCCCGCCAUUCAAAAAGUCUUCGGUUAUUAUAGUGGACUAUCAUGAGGCGUAUGAUAUCCUUGUUCGACGCACCAAAGAAUUCGAUCGCAGUACUCGCAGCACAGAGAUGUUCAACACGGUGAUACCAAAUCAUCACAUUUCAAUGAAGUCAUCCGAUCAUAGGUUUAAGGGAAACAAGGAGCUUAUCAAGGACUUGAUGACUCCGUCGUUUCUUUCCAACGUUUCUGCGCCAGCUAUUUAUAACAAAGUGACGGAGCUUAUUGAUCUGUGGGAGUUCAAGAUGGAUGCCGGGUACGGCCGCCCCUUUGCUGCCUUCCAAGACAUUGCUGAUGCCACUGUCGAUAUUAUCCUCGCCGUAUCCUUUGGGUUCGAAGAUCGCCACAGUGUCAUGAGACGAUACGUAGAGUCACUUGCCUCGGAACCAAAACCUCGCGCUUCAACUGAUCCAAUGGAGCCUGUGGAAUUCGCACGGCCGCCUCAUUCCCCAGAUAUCGACGACUUAGUUACUGUGAAUAAGAGCUUACACGUUGCAAUAACGUCCCCCAUACCCAGUUUACAUCAUUGGAUUUUGAAGAAGACGAAAUGGAGGAAAGCAUUUCGCCGCAAAGAGGAAAUCGUAACCGAGGAAAUUAACAAGGCGGUCAAGAGGCUUGCGGUUGGCGACGGCAGUGACUCAAGUGGCAAGUCAGCAAUGGACCAUAUGCUUCUGCGAGAGAUGUCGGCGGCUCGUAAAGCUGGAAGAGAGCCUCUUCUUGGAUUUCUUAUCGGUGGCUCAGAGACGUCCGCUUCCGCAUUUGGCUGGGUCUUGAAGUUUCUCGCGGAUAACCAAGAUGCGCAAGCCAAACUUCGACGUCAACUAUGUGUAUCGUAUGCUGAGGCCAGGGCCGAGAAGCGCCAGCCAACUGUGUCCGAGAUUGUGCAUAACGCGGCGCCCUACUUGGAUGCUUUCAUUGAAGAGUCUCUUCGCUGCACGAAAACGCUCCCUGUUCUGAUGCGACAAGCUACAGUUGACACCUCUAUUCUGGGAUAUCAUAUACCAAAAGAUACAACGAUAAUUAUACUCUCUCGCGGUGCCUCCAUCACCGAGUCUGCGAUCCAAGUUCCAGAUGACAUACGAUCAAAGUCCAGCUUGGCUACCCGCGAGAGAGUACCAAACUGGAAUGACAAUGAAAUAACACAAUUUAAGCCCGAGCGUUGGAUCAAGACAAAAGAGCAGACAGGCGGAACUGCAGAGUUUGACAACAUUGAGUUUGACACCUGCGCAGGGCCAAUGCUAACUUUUGGCGGCGGCCCAAGAGGUUGCUUCGGCAAGCGACUUGCGUAUUUAGAGCUGCGAAUAAUGCUGACGCUCUUGGUAUGGAAUUUUGACUUUGAGCAGUGUGCGCCGGAGUUGAGCUCUUACGAAAGCAUCGACAUAUUCACAACAAUGCCACGCCAGUGCUAUGCCAAGCUCAGGAAGACACUGCUGUAA